AUGUCGGACGGAAGGCAUGGCACUACGAGGAUAGACGGCAACAAUACUUCAUCACAACCGCAAGGAAGGAAGUCCAUCGGUACACCCAAGGAGAACAAGUUCAAGAAGGGCAAGGAGUACUGCAGUGUCACGUGCAAACUAAAUUCCAUCUACAAGGACCCACUUCUCCGUGAUGAAAUUCGCCGCAGCGCCCGCGAGAUGCAGCAGAUUCGGAUGGAAGCUUGGCAUCUCGUAAACCUCCACACGCUUCGAUGUCUAGAGGACGACAUUCCGCCGGACUACACUGACAAGACCUUCUACGACCACUGCUGUUCCUGCAGCGCAACUACUUCCAAAACUAAUCUCAUCACUAGGAAGAACCCCGAGCUCUGGGAGUCGUACCGGGUGUAUAAAGAGAAGCGAGCACUCGCAGGCCUUGAGGAGGUGCGUAACCUCGUCGACUACUCUCGGCUGAAGGCUGAACUUUGUGAACAAAUGGUUGUGAACGCUGGAGUGAUGAUUCGUCAGCAUUUUGCAAAGCGCCUGAGGCUCUACGUGCAUAUUACAUUUGGAGGGUUGGAUAGCAAUCUCGACAAGAAAGAGAAAAAGAAAAAAGCGCUCCUUGUGAGAGAAAUUAUGUACGCGUGCUACAGCACCGAUGAGACGGAUGUGGUGGAAGCCCUCCAAAUACGGGACGCUCUUACUCCGUGUGACGUCGAAUGGAGCGAGCAGUGGAUACAAUGGCCAAACCGCAUCGGUGAAAACGGAUUGGCCUUUUUACGUUCGAUUGAUCUGGGAGUUCCAAGGAGUGGUUGA